AGUCGCAACGAGGCGCUCGCGACGCGGUUGUGUUCCGAGCGCACAAAUUCAAAUUUAGAAUAAACUUUUUGUUUUUCUUUUGUUUUUGUUUUUGGAUGCAUUCGGUGUUACGAAACGGAUUUAAUUUUGUGCCAGUGCGUUUAUAUCGAACCGUUUUUGUGCAGCGUUUGAUUGUGAUAUUUAAUCCAAAAACGGAUUCGGUUAUUGGUGCAAUUCUGUGAUGUGUAUUUGAUAGAUUUUUAGAAAGAUCGUUAAACAUGAUCCACGUGGACGAAACGGACCCUGUUGGGGAAAUAGAGCCGCCAUUCCCGAACCGAGAUGUCACCAUCAAAAGGAAUACGGAUGUCAACGACUUCUACGACAUGCUAUCGGAGAUUGGACGCGGAAAAUUCGGCACAGUAUACCUCUGUCGGGAGAAGAGUACCGGUUUGGAGCUCGCCGCGAAGCUGGUCUCCGUCAGUCGAAGAGAUGAAAGGCGCAACGUGGAGAGAGAGGUGGACGUGAUGAGGAGGCUCCGACACCCUCGACUGAUCCAGCUAUACGAUGCGUACGAGUGGGGGAAGUACAUGUGCGUCGUCCUUGAGUUGAUUACCGGUGGAGAGCUAUUCGAGAGAGUGAUUGAUGAAGACUUUGUGCUAACGGAACGAGCGUGUACGGUCUUCAUGCGGCAAAUAUGUGAAGGCAUCGAAUUCGUUCACAGACAAAAUAUUUUACAUCUCGACAUGAAGCCUGAAAACAUUCUAUGUCUGACAAAGACAGGCAACCGCAUAAAGAUUAUAGACUUCGGUUUGGCGCGGUUCUACGACCCAGAGAAGAAACUACAAGUAUUGUUUGGCACCCCGGAAUUCGUUGCCCCCGAGGUUGUUAACUUUGACCAGAUCGGUUACGGUACAGACAUGUGGUCCGUUGGAGUAAUAUGUUAUGUGCUUCUAUCAGGAUUGUCACCAUUCAUGGGCGAGACAGACAUAGAGACCAUGGCAAACGUAACUGUAGCAAAAUAUGACUUCGACGAUGAAGCUUUCAAUGAAAUCUCGGACGAGGCUAAGGAUUUCAUAAGCAAACUCCUUGUGAAAGAUAAAGAGUCAAGACCGAGUGCCACGGAGUGUUUACGUCACCGAUGGAUCAUGAAAAGACCACCGGUGAAGAAAGACAAGCCACCUGUACCGCAGCCCUCCCCGAAACAUGAACUUGACGUAGCUAAGGACAACCUUCGCCUCUUUGUAGAACGGUGGAGCGAACAUCCCAACUCACCAUACAUAUUCGACAAUGAGUCACAUGAAAUUACCACUUUAAUGAACGGAAAUUGUGAAAAGUCCUCAAUUGGGGGCUGUUCGCCUUCUCCCAGAAGUUCCCUUGGCAGUUCCCCAGAUGUAAUAUUUGAUGAAGACGACUUGGAACCACCUCCGUUAAGAGAAAAUAGCUUAUUAUCUCCACGUUAUAAUCCCGUCGAAAGACGGGCUUCAGACAGUACAUGUUUCCUAAAUAAGAAACAAGAUGUGAUGGUUAGGAAAAACCUAGCUGAAGAGAUAAAGAAGUUAUCCGAUCAUCUGUUCAUGCUCUCAACGAUGAAUACAGAUUUAGCCAAUAAUAACAACACGAAAGAACAAGACAAAAAUAUCACAGAAAAGAUGGUUACACAGAAAGAAGAAAAACUGCUAAAUGGGUUUAGAAAGGAAUCAAAAACGGUAAUUAAAACAAUGACUAAUGGUGAUGCAACCAAUAAAGAAAAGAGAAUAUUCACAUCAAAGUCCAGCCACAAAUUAACUUCAACAUUCUUAUCAGAGAGGGAGCCAGAAAAGCCAAUGACAAGCAAAAUGCCGUGGGCCAAAUCGACGAGGUCUAAACGAGUCACAAAUAUGAGUAGAGAUGUUCCUGACCAACCUACCGAGAGGCGGAACAGUUUCUUCCAGGAAUUUGACAGACGUAGAGAACAAAUUGAUAAACUAGUAAAUGGUCCAGAAAAAAGCAGACAGAUGCCUUACAGGAGAGGAGAUGAGGAUAAUGCUCAUAGAACAAAGGAUUUACUGUUGCAUCUUCUAGAAAAAUGGGGCCAGACUGAGGAAGUGGAAGCUGAGAGAACCGCGGGAGGCACUUCGAAUGGAGGGAGACAUCAAUCAAUAUCCUUGGAGUGGUCACCUUCGAAUCAACUAGCCCAAAACUCCAUGUCGAGUCUUCACGCGUUUUUCCAGAGACAAACCUCAGAUGAGAAGUCACAACGGAAAAAAGUCACAACAGACAUACCGAAUCCCAAAUGAUUCUUGUUUUGACAAACGAACUUCUAGUGCCAUGACAUUUGGACGGUUUUUGUCCAUCUUGUAAAUCUAAAAUCAAUAUUUUAAUAGAAGUCAGUUAAAACAAUGUUGUAAAUGUUUAAUGUUAGUAAUAAGUUACCAAAGUAACUGAUUGAGAUUACGUUAUAUUUAAAUUAAUGUAAUUAAGAGAGUAAAGGUACUUACUUUAUUUAUAAGAAUGGCAGUAAAUGACAAUGUUACGAAUCUAGUCUCCGUACACAAAGUUCCGUAUGAAACCAGAAUGACAUGCAAGACUGAGGUGCGAUUUGGUAAUGGCUAAUUUAGACUAUUUUAUAUAAGCAAGUUAUCAGUCGUUUUGAGGCGAUAUUCUGUAGCGGCCGUCACGAGAGUGUACCAUUAGGAUUAUAUAGUAUUACUAUUCUAUGGCAUAUGGGAUCGUCAGAGGCCCUCUUUUUAUAAGAGAUCCCACGAUCAAAUCUCUCUCGCCGGAAUCUGUAAGAAUUCUCUGAAAGUAACUAUGGUAUACAUAGGUGCUUAGAUAAUUGGUUCAUCGCCUCUAUAUAAGAAUAAAUCACAAUUAUUUACAUAUUCAUUUAUAAUAUUAUAAUCGAAGAACAAGUGGUGUACUCGCAAGUUGAAUUCAAGUCCUGAGUUCAAUUCUAGUUGACCUAAAAAUGUAUAUUUCCGAUUGAUUUCGCUAAUGGAUGCACCAAUAUUAAACAAAGAUAACGCGAGAGACGACAGUUGGUUUAGA